AUGGCUUCAUCGCGGGAGUCACAACACUCGCUACUAUCCCAAGAUUCACUUGAUACCCAACCCCAACGUUCUUGGAAUCCACUUAGUAAUCGCCUAACUGACUCGGACUAUCAUUACCACAGCCCCUCAGACAGCACCUGGUCCGAAGAAGUCCUACGCGAUGUCGGUUUAGGGAUCUCAAACCCAACAGGCGAUGCGAUUCCAGCAGACAGGCGCGAUUCAACCGAUAGUGCCUCCACUACGACACCACGCGAUACCUACAAGAUUCCACAGUCUCCCCAGACUCCGCAUUCUCCACAUGCCGCCCACGCCCACGUGCGCUGCCCUAAUCGAGCAACGGUUCUCCAGAAACGGCUCUCCUGGGUCCCGUUGACAGUCUUGGUUCUCGCUAUCUAUGCCACCAUCUUUUCGGGUAUCUAUCUUGGCAUUGCGCUGCGCAAGCCCCGAUGGAACACUGUUUCUAGUAAUGGGCCAUUGGCUCCAUCUACGGCAUCUUUGCUGAGUGCGUUCUUUGCGAAGACAAUCGAGUUGGCAUAUGUUACGAUUUGCGUCGCGUUUCUGGGACAGGUGCUUAGUCGGAGGGCUUUGAUGAGAGAUUCACGGGGAAUCAGUAUCUCCGAUAUGAAUAUGAGAGCUUGGAUUAUGCAGCCUGGAUCUAUGAUUGUGCAUUGGGAGGCGUUGCGAUAUUCGGCGCUCACUUUCCUCGGGUCGGUUGCGUUAGUUGCGACAUUCGUCGCGAUGCUAUACACCACCGCCGCGCAAGCUUUGGUUGAUCCAAAACUCUCUUUCAGUCCAGUUGAAUCAACAAUCCUCCAAGGCAAGGUAACCUCCAUUUUCGCAAACCCCACAUACAUCGCAUCAGAGUGCGAGACACCCGUCACCAUCGCCAUGGACCUCGAUUAUCGCAACAAUACCUGUCUCCAAAUCGUACACGUCGGCCACGCAUAUCACAACUACCAACAAUGGAUAGCCCAAUGGGGUCAGCUAGUAGCCAGUAAAAACGAAACCUCAAGCCAACUCCAAAAGCGCCAAGAGCCAACAGGCUCCCUCUGGGACAACACCACAGUAACAGGCAGCUGGAUCGACAUCCAAGACAUGUCCACUCUCUCCAAUAAACACGGCCGAAUGAUCAACAACAUAACAAUGGCAAUGCCACACGGCGGCAUCCCCGCCGCAGCAAUGAACACCAAAAACAACCUCAAACAACCGAUAGACACCUCCGGCGAAGGAAAAUACAACAUCGAAGCCUCCGUUCCUUCACCAGCGGUCAACGUCCUCUGCGUUGGGAUGACAAGAAAAGAACUAAGUCCCCUAGUCUACUCCUCCUGGCCCGAAGGCUCUAAAAACUUCAACAUGACAGCCUGGAACUUCUCACCCCCAGACGACAUCCCCCAUCCACCGUCCUGGCUAAACCGAACAAAUGUCGACUCCCUCUUCCAUUUCGGCCCGAAAUACGGCCAAGUGCCCCCUAUUUUCGGAAAAUACCCUCUUCCCUACAAUACAAUCCUUAACACAACUGGUGCAUGGCCCGCAAACGCAAUCUACCUCCUCGGCGCAACGCCACCAUCCAAAGAUCCCAACACCGAAAUACCAGAAUACGUGAUGUGUUCACUCCGCGUAAAACAAACAGGCGUCUGUUCAACAAAAUACUCCGCCGAUUCAAGCGGCGCAUUCCUCAGCACAAACUGCGAAACCCCCUCCAACAUCCUCCAAUACGACCGCCGCCAAGACUCUUUCACCGAAGGAAUGUGGGACUCAAACUGGAAGAAUAUCGCCUCCGAAUGGGCGAAUUCACUCAGUCUAAACGCCGGUAUCACAGACGGUGCCGCCAGUAAUGCCAGACUGUUAAUGCAGAUGAUGCCUCGAUACGACAAGACCAAAUCAGCAUUCGAACUAGACCCGAAACUACCAUCUAUCGCCGAAGCAUUGGCUGUGAUGGCUGGAAGCACGCUUAUCCUCAGUUCCCAGACAGCGCCAUUCGUUCCAUUCUGGAAUUACACUGACGGGAGUGUUCUCCCUGAGCCUGUUUACCAGAAUUUCAACGCAUCCAUUCAAACCUUUAGCUACUCGUCUGGUGGAACGGAGCAAUGGCAAGGGGUCUUCUACGUGAUUCUUGUAUUUGCGUUUUUGACUAGCGCUGUCUGUCUCGGGUUUAUGAUUGUCGAAGCGCGAGGUCGACAAGUGACUGAUUUCACUGAGCCGCAGAAUUUAUUUGCGCUUGCUGUUAAUAGUCCCCAGACGACGCAGCUACAGGGUGCGUGUGGGUGUGGGCCUUGGGGGAAGCAGUUGAAGGAACGGUGGUUUAUUGGGAUGGAGGAGGAUGACGAGCAUUAUUAUAUUCGGAGUAAGACUGAGGAAAAGAUUCCGCUUUUGAAGAAGGAGUCGACGCAUUUGGAGCCUAUGGAGAUUGAAGAUGGGGGUGGGAGGAUGCUAAGUCCUAUGGUUGAUGAGUUUCGGAAGGUUUCGAAGAGACAUUCGUUGUUGGCGAAGCUUUAUUGA